AUGAUUUCACCAAAUCAUUUGCUCAAACUCCAUAUCCGUUCUCGAACAUGGUUUUCAGAUUUGUUAAGUGAAGGUAAAUUGCUUCUUCGGCUAAUAACCCCCAUUGUCGUACUUGUCUUCCACUCACUCCUUGCAACUGAAUCUAAAAAUUUGAGGACUCACACAGGUGAUAAACUGUACAAAUGCAAAAUAUGCGGGAAGGGUUUUGCUCAGUCAUCGACUCUGCAUAAACAUACGAGGACUCACUCAGGGAAUAAAAUUCCCGGUUUCACAUACGAGGACUCACAGUAUUCGGUUUUGAUCAAAAUCAAGAAUCAAAAUUUGGAAAAAAGGGAAGAAGUGACCCCAGAAUUGACCUCGGAACUAAUCUCAGAACAAUACCAGGACCCGCCCUAUUCGAGGAAGAAGGUCGUGAGCGCCAGGGAAAGACGUGUUCCAACCGGUCGGUUGGAUGGAUAA